GUAGGCAGCAUCGAGCCAUCGCAUCAGCGCGCCGGGGGCCCUUACUAGAUGUGUGCGAUCGGCGCGCGACCAAUCAAUCCAUUUCCGUCCUUUCUUUUUGGCUCCAAAUUUCCCACCCUCUCUUCCUUCCACGUCCCCCAGCCGCGACAGAGGACAAGAUGUUUUUUUUCCUGAGAGUUGUCGAGCCUACCUGUCUGUAAUUUUUAUUCUGAUUCUUGUCUCUUAUUUUGCUUUACGCAACUCCUGUUCUCAUCUUAAACCGGUGCCUCCAGCAUCUUUGGUGUAACACCCACCCACCACCAUUCACUCAUCCACAUAUCCACAGCCCCGAUGUCUCUACUGCAGCAACCUGCGACGACAAUCACCAACCACCACAACAUAUAGACAUCGACCCUUGUUGCUACUCUCCACCCAUCGCCAACGCUCCCAUUCGCACUUCGCGACGCCAUUCUAACCUGUCACAUCUGUCAAUCGACCCGCUCUUUGACAGUUGUUCCUCCUCCUCUUCCUCCACCGCCGCCGCCGCCGCCGCCGCCGCUUCGUCUUCCUGUGUCCGCACGACCCCUACGUUUCGAAUCGCGACCACUUCGUCUCUGCCUCAACCUCCAUCAGGCAUCGUCCAAACAAGCUCUCAACGACCCCUCCCCCGAGGAUUUGCCUGCGUUUGCCCCCCCUCCGGCCCGCAACUUGUCGUCGCUCGCCUCCUCCACUCGAGAGAAUAUCGCACACUCCCCUGGUUUCAAUCCCGUUCCGGCCAACCCCAAUCCACGCCCUUCUGCCGUUGUUGCGCUCCAGCUCCCGUCCUCUUCGGUCCCCUUUUGGACCACCACCGUGCCGUUUCCUGCCGCGCAUGCUUUGCUUUGCCUGGUCGUAGCUCCUCCAUACAGUCCAGUUCAGCCUAGUCCAGUCAUUACCGGUCUCUUCGAACCCCGACACCGACGACGAGACCGACACCGACGACGACCACCCACUCGACCGGCUCUUCCUCCUGAUCAUGACGACGUGAUGAUUGCCGAUUGCGCAUCCAUCUCAAACCACUAGAAUCGCGACGAAUUUGCAUAUCAAACCCUACGUCGCCAUCGACACCUGUCCCGACACCGUACUGCCCCCGUUUCCCCCUUCGUCGCACACAUGAGCCGUUGGAAUUGAAAGGGCGAAGCCGAAACUUUGCACCCGAGCUGAAGCUGGACGGAGCGCUGGCCCAGACAAAGGAACCCAGAUCCAAGGCAUUUCGGUAAAUCACCGUACGCCUGCGGUAAUCACGAUGGAUCUGAGAAGUUUGAUGAACACGUCAGACGACGGGGACCGACCUCGAGCCACAGCCGCCGCCGCCGCCGCCUCCGCUGCUGCCACCGCCGCCUCCGCUGGCCCUCCUCCGGGCCAUCCUGCUCAUGCCCAAGCACACGCUCGCGCUCACGCUUCUUCUCAGCCUCUUGCGCCGAAGCAGCAGCAACAGCAGCAACCACAACAACAGCACCCGCACCCGCACCCGCAGCAUCAACCGCAUCUGCAACAUCAAUCGCAUCCGCAUCCGCAACACCAACCGCCGCCGCAGCUGCCCUAUCAACAGCAGCCUCCGACGACGCCUUCGCAGGCCACGACGGCCUACGCAUUUAGAGAAUCAGCCUACAGUCACGCCUUGCACUCGUCCCCCGGGAAGCCGCCAGCUCCCCAAGAAUACACUGUCCAUCCCCAGGUCACCACUCCGUCGUAUCCCCCACAGUCGCCUUAUCAGACUCCCGGCCCCUAUCCCGGCCGACCAGCACCGCCGCCACUUCAGGCAGGCGUUGCCGCUCCUUACGCCGAUGCGCGGUCUCCUCAGAGUGCGUCCAUGUCCGGGCCGUCCCCGUAUCGUCACACACCAACAUCUUCAGUGAGCGGACCCGGCGGAGGCUAUCCUUUCCCUCCCACUGGUCCGCCUCAGGAAGUUGCCAGCCCUGUGCAACGACACCAAUACCCACCACCCAACGCGUAUCCCUCGAGAGAGAGUUAUUCUCAUCCAUCUGGUGCAACGGCGCCUUCUCCAUAUACUCAGCAGCAGCAGCCGCCUCCGCCUCAGCACAUGCCCCAAACUCCGCCCAUCGGCACCCCUGUCAGCGCACACCCGUACCUCCACCAGCGCUCGCAAUCAACGCAUUCAACCCCUACUCCUACCUCUGCCCAUAGUCAACACCCGCAGCAGCUCCACGGUCAAGCAUAUCCUCACGGCAGUCCUGUGGCGACGGCGCAUCCGCCGCCCGAGUACGUUCGGCAGCUUUCGCAGCCUCCUACCCCACUGGGCCCGCCCCCGACCGGGCCACGACAAUCUUCCACUGCACCGACCUUUGCGCAUCCGCAAAGUCCCUAUCAACAGAGACUGUCCGCCUCGCACCUCGCUCAAGCCACACCUCCACCACCGCCACCUCGCAUCCCCAGCUCCCACAGCGGCCACGAACGAAGAUCAUUGUCACAAAGCGAACGCGACAGAAGUGUUAGCGUCAGUCCCAAGACCCGCAUCCCGAGUUUGCCGAGCAGCGUCGGUGGACAUACAGAUUCAGAGGCGCGGCCGCAUCCGAGUGUCGCCAACAUGGUGGAACCCGAACGCGAACGCGCCACGACACCCGCCAAGAGAAAGCUUGCCGACAGAGAUUUGAGCCCGCGAGAACUCGAGCGGAAGGAGCCAAGGCCUCCGCCUGCCGAGGUGAACGGCGGCCCCAGGCUCUCUCGGUCGCCUAUUAUCCAGCGAAAGAGGAAAAUUCACACAACGCCUCCCAUCUGGGCUCAGGCAUGGAACGCCCGAGAAAACAAAAAGCUCAAGCUGGCCAAUUUUGAGCUCCAAAAACGAGGACCACCCAGCAUCAAUGGCAAGCCCGAGCCUGCCAAGCAGGACAGCACCAGUCGACACACCUCGCCAGAGGCAGCGCGAUCCACUGCGCCACCUGUUCAGGAACCGCCCAAGCCCGAUAGUCUGCUUGGUCCGUGGGAGGAGAGCAUUCUCGGCACUCGACCGUCCGAGGAGCUAUCCAAAACGAUUGCUGAUUUUCUCUUCAAGAAUGUCACGCUCCACCCCGACUCUGGGGAGAUCCUAGGGCGAGGCGUGCAGUUCGAGAUCGAGGCUAAAAUGGGUCAGCUCAUCGAUAGAGAUACCAACGAUCGUGUCGAGAGGGCAAUUGGCUCUGAAUGUGUCCUGCAUGACACCGGCCGUCUUGCUUUCAGAAGCAGCAUGACGGAGGCCCAGCACAAAGGCCUCAAUGAUUUCCUGAACAGUAUGGUCGUCCAGACAGACCCGCGAAACCCCAACGCCCGAGGCCGAGUCCAGAUACAAUACAAACAUCGGCGGGAGAUUGACAAGUUUUACGAACUGCCUAAUGCGCUGCAGGCUCGCCUGCCUGGCUGCGUUAGAUCCCUCCUGUCGGGCAGGCGGUCCAUCAAGGUCCGCGUCACAUACGACCAGAAGACGCAACAGGUCCUGGCCAAGAUUGUCAAGGCCCGAGUAGCCGAUAUUCACAUACACCUGCCGACGUGCCCGCUCGACUGUCGUAUCAGCAUUAAUCUCGAAAUGGCAUGGGAUGGAUCUGUCGAGGAGCUGGAAAGCAUGGCCGUUGGGCACGCGGACAAGUUUCCCGACCGAAACAAGGAUCGCCUGAGUUACAAGCAGAAUCACUAUCAGAUUGACUUGACACAGGUGACGCAGACGAUGCCUGGUCCUGGAAACACCCAUCGGAUCGACAAAGAGCACGAGCUUGAGGUUGAGCUAUCGCCAGAUAUCGUCAUUGACCAACAACGCCGUGCCAUGAGAAACGAGCCGCACCAAUACCAACAACUGGUCGAUGCGUUUGUUGACAACGUGCGCGUCCUCGCCCGGAAGAGUCGUGAAUUUGUCUAGUAUUUUCCCGGGGGAGAAGCUGCAGAGAGGGUCAUGUUUUAGAGUAGCUUGGGUGGUUUUGAUACCAGAAGAUGAUGGGGCUACCUACGUUUUAGGCGUCCCGGGCUAAAGCGGUGCGCAUUUCGGGGGAGUUGCUCGUUUAUUCAUACCUGCCUUACCUUACCUAGCUACGUUUGGGUACAUCGUUUCCGGGCUUUGGACGUUCUGCCCGGCAGAUAAUUCUUGCAUCCGCGGCCUUGAUCAAUGCCAGAACUUAGGUUGCCGCGGUCUAUCACUGUCUUGUGCACCGUCCUAACCAUCGUUUAUGCAGCUAACAUGUGC